UACUCUAACUGCAAUAAUUAAAAAUAGGAUUCUAAUGGUGGUAAUCGCAAGCAUGAAAUGAAGGCAUCAGUGCAGGAUCUUGCAUCUCGGGCUGCUUCUCAAGUUUUGGCAACUUCUCCAAAGAUUUUCACAAUUCCAACCUCUGCUUACCAGUUUGAGGUUUCGUGGCGUUCACUUUCUGAUGACUCUGCAAAGCAGGUCCAGCUACUGAAGGCAAUUCCCCCAUCCGAUUUACCAAAGAUUUUUAAAAAUGCACUAACUGCUCAUAUAUUGGUUGACAUAGUUAGAUGCAUAGCUACAUUCUUUAGGGAUGACACCAGUUUUGCUGUGAGUAUGAUAAAUAAUUUAACCAAUGUUCCUCGGUUUGACUUGAUAAUUAUGUGCCUUUCUGCAGUGGAUCGAGCUGUAAUUGACAAAUUAUGGGAGGAAGUGUUCUCAAGUAACCAGAUCCAGCAGGAUCUCAGGCAGGCACUUGUUAAGUUGAGGCCCAAGUAUUGCUUCAGAGAAUUGGAAUCUCAUAUUCUAAGUUCUUAAGAAACCGCCCAGAGGCGCACUUCUGCUUAAUGCAAAUGCUUGAAGAACGGUGAAACUCUGUUUAUAUUCUCUCCUCAAAUGAUUUUGUGGGCAGCCUGAGCAUACAUAUAAUUCAGAACACAAAAUGUACAUGGAAUUGCUACUCCGGUUUAUGUAUAGAAUCAACUGUUAAAGCAGACAGGCAUCUUCCUUUUUUUUCUUAUGAGAAAUUUUGGAUUUUGACUAUGUUUAUCUGAUAAUUUCAAUGCAGCCCUUCUGCUGGCAACUAUUUUUUGAGCUAAGUUGUACCGGACGGUAAUCCUGUAAGGAAUUCCUGUUCUAAAUGGUUAUUAUCAUUGUUUUAUCUCCCAUUAUU